GACAAGGAUUGAACUGCACAUGGCGAGCGCUGUAGAUGCCUCGGGAAACCCUAUCCCUUCGUCGUCGGUGUUGAUGGCAUCGUCGAAGCACAUUGGGAUUCGGUGUCACUCUGAGAACUUGGAGUUUCUGAAGUGCAAGAAGAAAGAUCCCAACCCUGAAAAGUGUCUUCACAAGGGUCGAGAAGUUACUCGUUGUGUCCUUGGACUUUUGAAAGAUCUGCAUCAAAAGUGCACAAAGGAGAUGGAUGAUUAUGUUGGCUGCAUGUACUACCAUACAAAUGAAUUUGACUUGUGUCGCAAAGAGCAGCAAGCAUUCGAGCAAAAGUGUUCUUUGGAAUGAAACUAAGCACUGUGUUGUCUAAAAUAAUAACAGCCCAUUUGGAGAAUAUUUCUGAUGCCUGGGUGGUUCCUGCCAACUGAAGUAGGCAAGUAAAACACGAAGCAGUCAAAGCACAAGUAGCACACCAAAAUAAAAGAAUCAACCAUGUAAUUUUUUUCCCUGAAACAAAUU